AUGUGUUAUAACCCGUCGCUGCCUGUCCCAGGGUCUGCUCCCCCGUCCCUGGCCGCCCUAGCGCUCUCCAUUCGUUCUCGGGCUAUCCAGGAUAGUCGGUGUUAUUUGAUGAACGGUGGCGCCGUGGAGAGCUUCUUCAUCAGCGAGGACACGCCGGUCGGCAGUAUUAUAGGAACCCUAUCAGUGAACGGUGACCCUAGCGAUGAGGGUGACAUCAGUCUGCGGGUCCAGGAGCGCAAGCCGGCCGUGGCGCUGGUGCCGGGCUCCAAGAACCUCACGCUGACCCGCGCGCUGGACCGGGAGGAGAGGACCGGACCCUCCAGCGUGUACGUGAACGUGCGGUGUGACAGACGACACACCACAGACCCGAGUUUCGUGAUCCCGGUGUCGGUCCGCGUGUGGGACGUGAACGACAACGCUCCGUCGUGGUCGGGCGCGCCGUACAGGGCGCGGGUGUCGGAGCUGGCCGCCGUGGGCACCCGCCUGCUGACGGCGCGGGCCCUCGACCCCGACCAGCCCGGCCCGCACGCCACCGUCAGAUACUCCGUGCUGCCCGGACCCGCCGCGGUCGGUGCAACACACGAGUACGUGUGGUUCCCGAGCGAGCUGGACGGCGCGCUGGUGGUGAGGAGGCCGCUGGACUACGAGACGACCACCAACCUGACGGUGAGGCUGAGGGCGCAGGACGGGGGCGCCCCGCCGAGACACAACGACACCACGCUCACCAUCGACGUGUUGGACGCGGACGACCAGAACCCCGCCUUCACACACGAACACUACAGCGCGCUCAUACCGGAGGACGCGCGGGAGGGCACGGUCCUGGAAACAUCCCCUGGGCCGGUGUCGGCGUAUGACCAGGACCGGGGGAUCAACGCGCCCGUCACAUACAGCGUGCGAGGCUCCCCCUCCCCCGCAGACAACCACACCUCCCUGGUCCGCCUGCACAAGGACAGCGGCCAGCUGACCGUGACCCGUGACCUGCUGCGGGCCAGCCUGCCCGCCACCAUCGUCAUACAGGCCACCCAGGUGGACAACCCUGACCGCUACUCGCUGGCCACCCUGUCCGUGUCCCGCGCCGGCUCCGAGUCCGUGUCGUUCCCUCGUCGCUCGUACUCCGUGUCUAUUCGUGAGGACGCCGCCCCCGGGACCGUGCUGCUGUCCCUGGACGCUCGAGGCCAGGGGCCGCUGCAGUACUUCGUGUCGGACCGCAGCUUCCUGCAGCAGUUCGCCAUCAGCGAGGAGGGCGAGGUGGUGCUGAGACGCGCGCUCGACAGACUCGUGAGGCACUACGACUACCAGGUCAUGGUGACCGACGGGCGGACGAACGACACGGCGCACAUCAACAUGUCGGUGUCGGCGGUGAACGAGUGGGAGCCGCGGUUCAAGCACGCGCAGUACUCGUUCGUGGUGGAGCGUCCGGCGGGCGAGGGCCGCGUGCGGGUCGGCCGCCUGCACGUGUACGACGGGGACCCAGAGGACCGCGUGUCGGUGAGGGUGGCGGGCCCCCGCGCUGGUGACGUCACUGUGGACGAUGAGGGGGACGUGUUCGUGUCGGCGGCCGCGCUCAGGGACCUGCCCGCUGACACCAUGCACCUGGUCGCCACCGCCGUGGACUCGGGCACGCCGCCCAGACAGUCGUCGGUGCCGCUGUCGGUCCGCGUGUCUCCCCCCGCCCCCGCGCCUCCCCCCGCCGCCUCCCUCCUCUCCAGUGUGGGCACGUCCGUGUGUGUGUCCGUGUCGUCGCUGGUGCUGCUGGUCGUCCUGCUGCUCUUCCUCCACAGACUCAGAAAAAAACGUCAAGUGAAAGACAAGAGCUCGAGCAGUCCGCUUCCUGAGAAGACGGCGCCCGUCAGUACGUCCGUAAGCUCCGUGGGCACGGACUCAGGCCCGGCGGUCCCCGGCGGUCCCAGCGGUCCGCCCGGCCCGGUAGGUCCGGUAGGUACGGGUGGUUCCCUGCAGAGCGUGUCGGCCGGCGCCAGCAGCAUCCUGGCCGCCUCCACCACCAGCCUCGAGCUGCUCGACAAACAGCCCCAGCCGGGUCUGUUGUCGGACCACUUGGCGGCGGGCGGCGCGGGCAGGUCGGGGGUCGCCUGGCCCAGCGCCACCAUCCCCGCCAGGGUCAAACAACUCAGCUGGGAGACGGACGACCCGCGCCCGCAGACCGACGGCAACAUGAACCUCACCGUGUACUUCUAG